AUGGCAGCCACACGGCGUUCUGCGCGCAUCAGCGCCCAAGAAGCAGCUGAGAACACAAAGCCUGCUGCUGUUGCUCCCGCUCCUCCACCCCCAAAGGAGAACAAGAGGAAGAGAAAGGCGGUUCCCAAUCCCGAGCCAACAGAGCCCAAGACACCCACCAAGAAGCAGCGACCAGUUGCUCCCCCCUUAACGCCCACCACCAGCGCUGUAGGUCUUGAUGGCGAAGACAAGGGCGCAGCUCACAAGGCCGUCACUCGCCUCGCAGACCCCAGAUUUUCCAAUGCGACGCUGCUGUCGCCGCAGACGUCGCGGAUAGUUGCCUCGCGCAACGCGGAACCCGAGUCGCCUUCAAAAGCGGCCUCUAUCGGUGGCAAGACGACUACGACGACAACGGCAACAUUACUGCGCGAGGCGUGCGAUCACUUGAUCAAGGUGGACGAGCGGAUGAGGCCUCUGAUUGAGAAGCACUACUGCCAUGUAUUCUCACCCGAGGGACUGGCCGAGAAGAUUGACCCGUUCGAGAGUCUGGUGAGCUCCAUCAUAUCGCAGCAGGUAUCCGGCGCCGCAGCUCGGUCAAUCAAAGCAAAGUUCAUCGCCCUCUUUUUCCCAGAAGACGAAGAUUCUCAACCUGCCAAUUACGAGGCCGCCGUAACAAGAUUCCCGGCGCCAUCCGACGUUGCGGCAUGCUCCAUCGAGAAGCUGCGCACCGCCGGCCUCUCGCAGCGCAAGGCAGAGUACGUGCAGGGUCUUGCUGAGAAGUUUGCGAGCGGCGAGAUUACGGCGCAGAUGCUUCACGAUGCGCCAGACGAGGAACUCAUGGAGAAGCUCGUCGCCGUGCGUGGGCUGGGCAAGUGGACUGUCGAGAUGUUUGCCCUUUUCGCCCUCAAGAGGAUGAACGUCUUCUCCCUGGGCGAUCUCGGCAUUCAGAGGGGCAUGGCUGCGUUUGUCGGUCGAGAUGUGGCCAAGCUCAAGAACAAGGGAGGCAAGUGGAAGUAUAUGUCGGAGCAAGACAUGGUGGAACUGUCAGACAAGUUCAAACCGUAUCGGAGUUUGUUUAUGUGGUACAUGUGGAAGGUGGAGGAAGUGGAUGUCAGCACAAUGGGGUAA